CCCUUAUGUGUGCGUGCACUUUCAGAGAUAAACAUCGCUAUGCUCUGCGAGGCCAUUUGAAUGCAGAAACUCAUAUUGUCAACACUAUCUGAAAUGCAAAUCAGUAUCUGUGUUUCUAAACUAAAACAUGUUUUGCAUAAGAAAUAAAAGGCAGGAUGUGGAGAUUGUAAUAGUCGUUGCACUUCAACAACAAUAGUCAGCACCACUUGAUGGUCAACUUGAACUUCUUUGUUGCAGAUUUGCUAUGGUAAGUCCAUCACCAAUGGAAAGGUUGAUUCAUUUUCUACUUUUUUCAGGACUUUGUCUGCUCACCCAAGCUAUAUCACGUCAGUACGUUGUGAUCCAGGAGAAGAAGACCUGGCAUGAAGCUCAGGCGUACUGCAGACAGAAUCACAUUGACCUGGCCACUGUUCAGAGCGCUGAAGACUGGACAAAUGUACAAAAAACAGUCGAGUCUGCAUUGACAUCAGUAACCUGGAUUGGAUUAUACAACGACAUCAAUAGCUGGCGAUGGACUUACAAAUAUGAGAAUAUUACAUCCAAGCUAUGGGCAACUGGAGAGCCAAACAAUGGAAAAGAGGAAUGCGGUUUAUUGCAGAGUGGCACAUGGAGGGAUUAUCUGUGCAAUAAUGAAUACCUCUUUGUUUGUUACAACGAAAAUGGAACAAAUAAGUUUAUUUUUAUCUCUCAUUUCUGGACGACGUGGCAUAAGGCUCGGAGCUACUGCAGACAGCAUUACACAGAUCUGGCCAUCAUUCGGAGUCCAUCUGAGAAUGACCAGUUGGCAUCAAUGGCACAAGGUUAUAAUGCAUGGAUUGGUCUAUACAGGGACUCAUGGAUGUGGUCAGACGGGUCAAAGGUCAACACUUCCUCCAUUAGCUGGUUGAUUGGACAACCUGAUGUGACUGGGCUGAGCCAACCUUGCGGCUCUAUACGAGCUGAUGGUCUGAUAGAGGAUCGGCUUUGCUCACAUGUCCUUCCUUUCAUCUGUUUGAGCUAUUCAAGAAAACAGAUUGUGAGAGUCGAGGUGAAAUCUGCAAAGAAACUAAACGACCCUGCAGUAAUGGAGACCAUCUUGCAGUUUAUAAAACAGAAAGCGAGAGAUCGUGGGUUAGAUGAGGAGACAAGACUGACAUGGAAAGUGCAGUCAAAUGGAAAUGUUUUUUCAGCAAAACAUGAUCGAAAAGACGGUGCUCAGAGAAAGGCAUGUGAAUAGAACAUGUGAUUUUAUGAUGCAAGAGAUUGUCACUCUUAUUUUAAAGGACAGAAUGAUAGAUUUUAGGAUCUUUGUUUCUUCAAAGCAACCUGUGUGUGCGUGGAAUUCUGGUUGGAGAGAUACGUUAGUGUUGUAUUUCAUUUCUUAUUAUCCUUAAUAUUAUUCUUGACUAAUUUGACAUAUUUCAUUGAUUAAUUGAGUUAUAAAUGAUGUAUAAAUUUCAUUAUUUUAUUUACUUUUCUUAAAGGAAUACUCAGUCGAAAAAUGAAAAUUCUGCCGUUCUUCAACCCUAGGCCUUCCGUUGAUCUUCAGAACACAAAUGAAGAGUUUUGAAGAGGUCCGGGAGCUUUCUGACGCUUGAAGCGCUUUGCAGUUUGGAUGCGUUGCAGUCUAUGGAAGAGGCAGAAAGCUCCAGGACCUCAACAAAACUAUCUUCAUUUGCGUUCUGAGGGUAAACAGAGGUCCUUUGGUUGAAGAACGACUUGAGGACGAGUAAUUCAUGGAGGAUUUUUCAGCAGAGUAUGCUUUCAAUGUUGUAUAAUCUUAUAUUGACUGCUGUAUUUGUAAAGCGGUAAUUUUCCACUGGCAUUGUUGGUAUAAUAACAGCUUUUGAAUCUGUUUCUAGUCAGAUGAAGAUUAUUCAAUAAACUCUCCUCGUUUUACUCCAUCUUCUCUUCGUCUCCUGCCUGCUGUUCUCCCCCUUCAUCUCUGUAUCUAUGGUUGAUCUGAAGUGGAUAUUCGGAGUACAGACUGACUAGGGUUGCACGUCAGGGGGCGCAGAUGGGAUUUUUUCACUGGGGGGACCAAGCUGUCAGCAAAUGAUUUCAACUCAGUUAGUUACUUUGCGUCAUUUGGGCUAAUGGUUUGCACUAAAAAGCCAUUGGAGGAUUCUUAUUUGAAAUCAUGGAUAAACACCAAUGAACUGAUCAACUGUCAAUCACCCACCAAAACGUCAUGCCUUCUGCUAAAUGUUUAAUUUAAACAUUUGCUUAUCUCAUCAUACAAAUCCUAUCAUUAAGAACAAAAAGCAAAGAACCUAUGUGUAAAAAAUAAAUAAAUAAUAAUUCUACAACAACUUCAACAACAUAUUUACAUAAAUAAAAAUAAGUAUACAGAGUAUUAGAAAUUCCCUCAGUGCAGCCUAACAAAUGUACUCAAUGAAGACCCCCAAACAUCUCUUCUCCAUCCAUUACCUUGAACUGCUGGGGGAUUUCUGGUCUGUCCAGUCUGUCAAGCCUCUCCUGAUGAAUAUGGCACAUCAAUGCCACGGAGUCUGUUUGUGUCACGGUUGAUCGCAACCAUGUUUUCAAUCUGCCUAACCCACUGAUGCACUCAUGCCUCAGCAGAGGAUACACUGGAGAAAAUGAAACUUUGGACCAAUUUAAAAAAUACUGUAAUUUGUUACAGCCAAUUUGAUCACUUUUUUACUUUUGUUCAAACUUUAAAUUUAAAUUUUACAAUAACCAAAAUACAUUUUUUCCUUUUUUUUCAUUUUGGAGCAAACCAAUAUGUAACUUCUAUUUACUAUUACCAGAAAGCAAGCAAGCAUUGAAUUAAUGUUAAAAUUGUCAAUGUUAAUUUCAUUGAGUCAAUAUCAGAUUUGUACCCACAAUUAAUGUUGAAUCUUAUAGAAUGUGUGUUUUGCAGUGUGAGAUGAAAUCAGUGUGAAUGUUGAUGUCUAAGUGUGUCAGUAACACUAUUUUUACAUUUGUAAACCAGAAUAUUCAAAUCAAUCAUGAUUAAUCAGUUUCUUUACUAUACAGUGCAGUUUUACAUAUUUAUUUCAGCUUGACACACAUCACAAAAACUUAACUUUAAAACUUCUCAUUCCUCUUUAUUAAUGCACACGUGCUGUAAUAGAAUUACAAUGCGAUUUUACUGAACCCAAGCCAGGAACCAAGAGCCCAACUAAAGCAAACACAGAUCACAAUAAUGAUGGUUUUUUGAAGUUUCAACAUUUUUUCAACAUUAAAGCGGCCGUUCUUUGGCUGUUAUCGAAGCUUUGAUUAUGGUUUUUAGGGUGUUUUACAAUGAAUGUUUAUGUUUCUGGUUUCAAAAAAAUGCUUUAUAUUUCACAUUUCAAGUCUAUCGUUCACCGCUGUCCCUCUUCUCACAAAACGACUGGAUUUUUCCUGGUUUCUUUAAAGUCUCUAGUUCCGAAACACUCUGGGGUGCGUUUCCCGAACAACGACAUAACUCGCUGGUUAACCACCAUAGUUCGAUGCAUGGUUGGGGAAAUUGACGAUAUAGUUUCCCGAAACCGUAGUAACUCUGUCGGAGAUCAAUCGUUUGAACCAAGUUGGUUCAGCAAUCUAGUUGAUGACGUCAAACAGGUGGUGGAGUAAUGACCUGUACUAAUAAAUACGUUCAGAUCGAAUUAAUGUCAAAUUCUUGCUAUAACUAUACAUUGCAUUUAAGGACUGCUUUUGUUAUCCUAUUUUCGUUAUCUGUUGUUUAAAUUCAUGAUGUUUAAUCCAUUUAUAAGUGUCCACCCCGCCCAGAAAUUCCCUAGGGUCCUAGAGCAAGCAGUUCAUACGCAUGCGCACUUUUUAAAAAACGUGCUUCUAUUUUCUUGACAAACUAAACGAUGUUAAAUUGAAUUUGUAUAUAUUAAGAAUGAUGGAUAUGGAAUGCACUGCAUGUUGCUUGCUUACUUUAAUCACAAUCUUGAUGCAUGUAAGUCUACACGUCAUAAUAAUAAGGAACGGUGGUUCUAACCACUAGACCUGUAGUUCCAACCACGCAACUUUGCGAUGCUGCUUGCGAUUGAUCGUUGGAACGAUGGUUUUGGGAAACACUUAAAUCGUUGAACUCUGCUGGAAUGAUGGAACUUGCGCCCAUAGUUGGCUAACGAUGCUUUUGUGAAACACACCCCUGAUUGGUAAAGCUGACCCAGUCUGUCGUGAUUGGUUCCCCUGCACGUGUACACAGCAAAUUGGCCAGUGUUAAACGAACACUGCUGGGUGUCUAUAUGUGUCCACACUAUAGGGUGUUCGCCCCUUUUUUGGCGUAUUCCUUUAGGCGGAGAUUUUUCAAAAACUCAAAAUAGUAGUGACAUCAUUUACCCGGGAAGUAGAGGUCUGUAGUCCGAUUCCAGCCUUUCUCCGUAGUCCUUGAAAAGCGAAUUCUGUUAAAUACAACGUGUCUCAUUCACUAAUAAUUGCGUAGAUUUUUCGUAUUUAUACGCACACUUGAACCUCUCACUUUCCGCCUAAUUCACAACACGUGUGUACGCACAUGAAUUUGUUCUUAACCUCGUCCUAAUGUUAAUGAAUUUUGGAGUGUUCUUAAUGAGUGUCCGCGAGUUAGUCAUUUACAUUAUACAAACCCUAAGCCCCUCCAUAUAAGGGCUUUUCGCAAAGGAGCACUUGU